AUGGAAAAAUUGCAUGGCAAAUUAACUUCAAGUUGCUAUAAGAGGUAUCCUGGUCAAAUUGAAGUGUAUCACAACAUAGUCAAAGAUAUAAAAACAUACAAUGUUUCUGUUGUUCCCUCAAAAAUUUUACCAGCCUCUCUACAUUUGAUAGAUGAUUAUAUUGUUGAAAACAAAUUGAAAGGGUUGGAAUGUUGCCUUUCUGUGUUAAAUUGUUUGAAUGAGGAACAUUUUCAUGAAGGGAAUUAUUAUGAAGUCAUAUACUUGACUCUAAAAAAAGUCAUGUCUGAGAAGGACAUUCAAGUAACUAAUCUUGCAUUCCAGUGCUUGACAGCUUUAUAUGAUAAUAUCCCAACAGCUGAUAAGCACAAGAAAUUAGAUGAUAUGUUUGCCACUGUACUUGAUGAACUUUAUAUGGAAUCAAACUUGUAUAGGAAAUCUGAAUGCUUGAAAUUCACUAGAACUAUAAUAUCAAUCCAUAAAGUAAACUGUGCUAACAGCAGCAUUUUUCAAACUAUCAUAGCUGAUAAUUUAGACUUAUGUUGCAAUGAAGCAGUUAGCGAAAUACUUCUGCAUAUUACCUUAUUGACACUGAAGGAAUGGAUAAAGUAUUGUUGGUGUAUUUGGGAAUUUUCUGCAGGACAAAAAAUUCUUUCCAAUUUAUUGAAAAUAUUAUACUGCUGUAAUGAUGUAUUGUUCCUUGAA